CUGGCUCUGUUUUGAAUAUAUAAUAAUCACAGAACCGUGAUCCUAUCAACCUACUCUCAUUCCAUGCUCUACUAAAAACUAUCCAACAUAGGCGGCAGAUAUAGCGAGCAGAAAAUUAAUAACAUUGACGAGAAACGCACCUCAGAGCUCAGAGGAGGCAGGCGCCUUAGUUGCAGAAGUGAUGGAUGAGAUUGGUAGAACUGACUGAAGCAACCCCUGCUUGAUUGACACAUAACUUUAAUCCACAGAGAAAGGAGGUUAUUCAGAUCUCUGCUUUGUUUUCCACUGAUUCCAUGUCUUCUUCCUUUAUCUUGACCGUCUUCUUCAAUUCACGGCCUCCUCGCCAUGUACUCCUCUCAUAUUUUGUGCGGUAUGGAGAAUGCGAGGAAUGGAGGGAUGGAAGAAGCUGCUGGUGGAUUCCAUCUAGGAGACUCUGUUCUUGACCUCACUCGAAGUCCCAUUCUUAGCCCCAGGUCGUCUUCUUGCAACCAUUAUGGAGGAUUGGGGCAUAGUGUUCAGACUAUGGAAAUGGUCGGCAGGAUCUGCUUUCAAAGGGAGGGUUUUGAGAACGGGGCUGAUUCAGCAAUGGUGGCUGGAGCUCUCAGGGCUGAUGGCAUUGAUCCCUUUGAUAGAAUACGUGAGUUGGUAGAUGAGAGAUUUACCUCCUGCGGCGGCGGCGGUUAUGGUGGUGGUGGUCGUGUGUCUGUGGAUUCUUCUGCUGUGUCUAUGGAGAAAGCAAUCGAUGAUAAAAUAAUCCGGCGGUUAGCACAGAAUCGGGAGGCGGCGAGGAAAAGCCGGCUAAGGAAAAAGGCAUAUGUUCAUCAUCUCGAAAGCAGUCGGUUGAAGUUGAUACAAGUUGAACAGGAGCUUCAACGAGCAAGGCAGCAGGGUUUGUUCAGUGCUAGUGGUUACAUGGGAAAUCACGGCCUUUUAGUGGGAGUAAAUGGAGCCUUGGCCUUUGACGUGGAGUAUGCUCGAUGGCUCGACCAACAUCAAAACCAAAUAAGUGAUUUGAGGUCCGCCCUAAACUCUCAAGCAGAGAACGAAGAGCUGGGACUUCUCGUUGAUGGUAUAAUGGCGCACUACGAUGUCGUCUUCAAGCUCAAAAGCAUCGGUACCCGUUCCGACGUCUUCCACAUGCUUUCUGGAUUGUGGACGACACCUGCCGAACGAUGCUUUAUGUGGUUGGGCGGUUUUCGUUCUUCUGAACUUCUCAAGAUGCUCGUGGGUCAGCUGGAACCGUUAACGGAUCAACAGCUGAUAGGUAUAUGUAAUCUGCAGCAGUCGUCGCAGCAGGCGGAGGAUGCUCUUUCUCAGGGAAUGGAGGCUUUACAGCAAUCUCUUACUGAUACUUUGUCGCCUGCUUCCUUUAGUGCUAAUCCUUGUUCUGAUAAUGUUGCUAAUUACAUGAACCAAAUGGCUAUUGCAAUGGGGAAGCUUGGCACAAUUGAGAAUUUCCUUCGCCAGGCCGAUCUUCUACGACAGCAGACAUUGCAGCAGAUGCAUCGAAUACUGAAUACUCGUCAGGCAGCUCGAGCUCUACUUGCCAUCAGCGACUACUUCUCUCGGCUUCGAGCCUUGAGUUCGUUGUGGUUGGCUCGACCAAGAGAUUAGUAGGCCAUAUUUAUUAUCCUAUAAUUGAUGAAAUGAGCAAAAAUGUAUAUUGAUGCUAAUUGUAGUUGAUGCAGUUGUAUGUUUAAUGUUGCUGGUGUUAGUGAGAGUCACUGCUGCGGCUUUAGGCUUUAAUCA